AUGAGUUCUUGGCGGGAGGAAUACAUCAAAUCCCUCAACGAACGAGACGAGCGAGAGAAGGCCAGCUACGAGCGCUUCAGCCCCGAAUUUAUAGAAGCAUACACGAAGCUUCUCGACCGAACUGCUGCCCUCGAAGCUGAAAAGGCUGCCAGUACACCCAGUUCGGAACCCGUAUCCAGAGACCCCGCACUGCCCAUACCUGCCAACGAUGGGACGGCCCAGAUCCGGCGAGAUCUCGCUGAAGCGCUGCGUGCGAACGGACAGCUGAAAUCACGAAUCGCAGCCGCGGAGAAGGAGCUGGUGGCACUCAGAGCGAAGGCCAAAACGGACACGAAACUCGUUCAAGACCUUACCAAAGAGCGCGCUGUGCUCGCGCAGAAGGUUAGGGAUAGAGAUGAGGAGUUAAAGGGCAAGGCAAAGUUCCUAGUGGAUUCGCAAGACGAGAUCAGUGUGCUCAAUUUGCAGCUUGAUUCUUUUGAGAAACAGGUCAAGAAGCUCAAGGCGGAUAACCAGCAGCUUAUCGAUCGAUGGAUGGCUAGUAAGGGUCUUGAAGCCGAUGAGAUGAACAAGGCACUAGGGGGGUGA